UUUGUCAAGUAUCAACAGGCAACAAGACUUUAGAAGAACACACCUCUACACAGCGCGCUCAUGCACAUGCUUACAGCAGCAGUUAAGAUCAGGAACGCAGUAGAGAACUGCAGCUCUACUGGGAUCUACUGUGGGACAGAUUACUCUACAUAGCUGCUCUGGACUUCAGAGGAUUUGAUGAGCUACUAUGGGAAUGAGACCGAGAGACUUGUGCUGCAGCUGUCAGUGGAAAUAGGAGUUUGGGAUGACUCUGAACACGGACUGCUCUACCAAUUGUGACAUUUGUAAGGAGUGGCUGCUGUGGUGUGUUUCUCAACAUUUGAAGCAUCAAAGAUAGGGAACCAAGUGGUGGGAAGCUGGUGUGGGAUUGCUAGUCUCUUGCAGGUUUCAUCUCUUUCUUUCUCCAUCCCCAAUGCAACAAUGGAUCUGACUUUGUGGCAGUACCAGUUUAGGAUCAUCAUGCUGGGGGAUUCCACAGUGGGCAAGUCCUCCUUGUUGAAACGCUACACUGAAGACUUGUUCAUGGAGUCCAUCAACCAGACGGUGGGCGUAGACUUCUAUGUUCACUUCCUGGAGGUGGAGCCGGGGGUCCGUGUCAAGUUGCAGUUCUGGGACACAGCUGGACAGGAGAGGUUCAGGUCGGUCACCCGUUCUUAUUACCGCAACUCUGUCGGAGGCCUCCUGGUGUUUGACAUAACCAACCGAGCCUCCUUUGAUCAUAUUAAGGAGUGGCAUGGUGAAGUGUGCGAGCGAGUGCAGCCGCAUAAGGUUCUGUUUGUCCUGGUGGGCCAAAAGAAUGACAGAGAUGCUCAGGGGGAGAGGGUCGUGAGUCGGGAAGAGGCUGAGAAACUGGCCGGACAGCUAGGGAUGCCCUAUUUGGAGGUCUCUGCCAAGACAGGCCAGAAUGUGAGGGACGCCUUUGAGCUGCUCACUCGACGGGUCUACCAGGGUCUGCUGAGUGGAGAGGUACAGCUGCAAGAGGGCUGGGAUGGAGUCAAGUGCGCUGCACCACAGGCGCUGCAGUUACAGAGAGCCAGCCUGGCACAGCCCAGCACAGCCUCUAAGAACAAUAAGAAGUGCUGUGGUUGAACUGUGGACUGGUGGUGGUCACCCAAAUGCACUCAUGUUACUGUGGAACCAAAACCAGCCCCCAGGAGGUCGGAUUUGUGGUGGUAUUUUACUGUAAUAUUGUGGUCAUCAUGAAAGACACUGAUUUGCACCUUUUUUUGUGAAGAUAGUUUAACAGUUAGUCAGAAACUAAUUUGAGGAAACAUUGCAUGACUUUACUUUGACAUUCCUGAAAUGGGGGAAGAUUUAACUUUAGAAAUAAAGAUUUUGUGUAAUGUAUAUCUUUAGCCAUGAUGGUGGCCUUGGUUGGUCUGUUGAUCCACCACUUUGGUCUUAUUGGAGGAUGACACAGAUAUAGUAGUCUUAAGUGGGUUGUUUCCGACUGACUUUUCAGCAGCUUUACCGCCAGCUUGACAUUUGGUUUUGGUUGAAAUAUCUUGACAUCUAUCAGAUUGCUGUGAAAUUUGCUGCAGACGUUCAAGGUCUCUUAACUUUUCCUCUAGCACCAUCAUCAGGUCAAAAUUUCAAUUUGCCCAACAAUUUGGUUAGUGACCAAAUAGCUGCAAAGGUAAUUACAUUCUUCCUUCCUUUCAUUCAUUCUCUCCAUGACUGGCAACAGUUAAGGUAUUGGGUCCCCUGGCUGAGAUUAGAAACAUCACCCUAGGCUUCUGUGUGAAUUCAUCUUUUGGGCCCAUGUAGUCUGGAAAAGGCUUUGUUGCAUCACCAGUAAUUGCAUGGUAUCCUGCGAGUGAGUGAUUGUUUUCAGGUGCUGUUGUAAAAUGUAUUAAAUAAAAACUCUAGGGUGCCUUUGGAUAUUGUUCUCUUGAAAUGUUGUGACAGGUUUCUAUAGCAAUUAUUAUUCAUCUGCCUGAUGAACAGCCUCCUGUGUUUCUGCGUACAAAAUGCAGACAAUUCAUUUUGCUACACCUACAUUAAAGAUUCACUGACACGUUAA